UGAAACGAAACUUAAGUGAAACACGUUCUACUUGGUUUAGGUAGAGAGUGAUUUGGUUAUUUACAUCACACAGAGAUCAUAGAAAACAACAGACGUACCAACAGAAAUGGCUUCCUGCUGCAGUCUCCUGUCUGAAGAUCAGUUCCAGUGUUCUAUCUGUCUGGAUGUGUUCACUGAUCCUGUCUCUACUUCAUGUGGACACAACUUCUGCAAGGCCUGUAUCACCAACUACUGGGACAACAGUGACCUGUGUCAAUGUCCCAUGUGCAAGGAGAAGUUCUUUAGGAGACCUGAGCUUCGUAUCAACACAUUCAUCUCUGAGAUGGCUGCUCAGUUCAGGAAGUCAGAGCCACUGAAGGCUACCAUCAGUCCAGAACUGCGUCCUACUAAACCUGAAGUGUCAUGUGACAUCUGUACUGGUACCAAGCUCAAGGCCCUGAAGUCCUGUCUGGUGUGUCUAACCUCUUACUGUGAGACUCACCUGGAGCCUCAUCAGAGAGUUGUAGCCUUCAAGAAACACAAACUGAUCGACCCUGUGGAGAACCUGGAGGACAGGAUGUGUCAGAAGCAUGAGAGACCUCUGGAGCUGUUCUGUAGGACUGACCAGACGUGUGUGUGUCUCAUGUGCACGAGAACAGACCAUAAGACCCAUGACACUGUCACUUUAGAGGAGAUGUAUGAACAGAGGAAGGUUAAACUGGGACAGAUGAUGGCUGAGAUGAACCAGAUGAUGGAAGAAAGAUCCAGGAAGCUUCAAGAGAUCAAACUCUCAGUAGAGACCAGCAAGAGAGAUGCAGAGAGAGAGAUAUCAGACAGUGUUCAGGUCUUCACGGCUCUGUUGCGCUCCAUUGAGAGAAGCCAGGCUGAGCUCAUUGAGGUGAUGGAGGAGAAGCAGAAAGCAGCAGAGAAACAGGCUGAAGGGUUGAUUCAAGAUCUGGAGCAGGAGAUCACUGAGCUGAAGAGGAGAAGCACUGAGCUGGAGCAGCUCUCACACACUGAGGACCACCUCCAUCUGCUGCAGAGCUUCCCAUCCCUGAGCACCCCUCCACUCACCAGGGACUGGUCUGAGAUCAGUGUCCACAGUGGUCUGAGUGUGGGGGCAGUGAGGAGAGCUGUGUCUGAGCUGCAGAAGACACUCAAUAAAGAGAUGGAGAAGCUGCCUGAAGUCAAGCUGAAGAGGAUUCAGCAGUAUGCAAUGGAUGUGACUCUGGACCCUGAUACAGCAUAUCCCAAACUCAUCCUGUCUGAGAAUGGGAAACAAGUGACAUAUGGAUAUGUAAGGAAACAUCUUCCUGACAACCCAGAAAGGUUUGAUCAUUGUUCCUGUGUCCUGGGAAAGCAGGGAUUCUCCUCAGGGAGGUUCUACUAUGAGGUGCAGGUUGAGGGGAAGACUAGGUGGGAUCUGGGAGUGGCCAGAGAGUCCAUCAACAGGAAGGGGCAGAUCACACCGAGGCCUAACAAGGGAUACUGGACUGUAUGUCUGAGGAAUGGAGAUGAGUACCGGGCUCUGGCUGUCCCCCGUGUCCUCCUCUCCCUGAGACAGAAGCCCCAGAAGGUGGGGGUGUUUGUGGACUAUGAGGAGGGUCUGGUCUCCUUUUAUGAUGUGGAGGCCAGGUCUCAUAUCUACUCUUUCACUGGCUGCACCUUCACUGAGAAACUCUAUCCAUACUUCCGUCCCAGUCUGAAUUAUGGAGGUAAAAACUCUGCCCCUCUGAUCAUCACUCCUGUCACACAGUGAAAAACAAAGACGUGGAAAUGCUGGCGUUCAAAAGAAAAUGGGCAGUGCUCCCCUGGUGGCUCACAGGGUAGAGCAUGAACCUCAGACUAAGGCCUUGACUCAGGGUUCGAGUCCAGCCUGGGAAAUUUCCUGCAUUUCUCUCUUUCUUACAACCUUCCUGUCACUCUUUCAUGGUCUGUAUCAAAUAAAGGCACAAAAUCAGUGCAAACAUAACCGGGCUCAACAACAGAAACUGGGAAGCUUUUCCAGAAAGCAGGUGUUACAACAUAACCAGCAAACCUCCAAGAUGAACACCUUCAUUAUGCUGCUUCUGUAUCUGCCUCAUUGCACCAAUAAAGGGCAAAAUACAAAGCUUCUCUUCAGUAUGUGUUGAUAUUGAUGCGGUGGUCAUGGUGAUGUUGAAAUACUGGUGAGUAUGCUGUCGUGGUGAUGGAAAACUGGUGAGUGUGAUUGCUUUAUUCUUACUUCCUGUCAGUAAGGUAGGAGUGUGUUGUCAGGAGUGCCCACUAGAUGGCACCCUGCUCCAGGAAAAGUGUUCACUGUAUCUCAAAUUAUGUAUUUUAUUCAACCUCAUCCAAUUUACAGCACUAGAAAAAAGUGAACUAGAUUGACAGAUAUGGUGAGUCUCCUGACAUGGGAGAGAUAUUCAGACUGCUUGGCUGUCCACUUUACACUACAUUUCCCAUGAUGCCUCAGGCUUUCUUCUCAGGUAAACCCGGCUGCACCUUCACCUUUUAUAAAACAUAACCAAGCCCACUUACUCAGAACAUAGGUUACACCUAUGAUAAGCUAACAUAUAAUAUAAUAAACCUCCUAAAUAUACAAAAUAAUACACAAAACAGUAUACUAAACCUAUAAUACACAAUGCUAUACUAACCGUAUAACCUAUACUUACCCAGAGACAAGUAGGGUACAAUUAGUGCAAUAUUGCUGAAUGUGCCACCAGCAGCUGAAAAUGCAACCAGUAGCUGAAGUGACAGUGUGUAAAGUGACUUGUGUGAGUGUCAACAGUGUCCAUAUCAAUGUUCAUUCAGGAGCCUGAUGGCCCUUGGAAAGAAACUGUAGUCCAGUCUGCGUGUGAGAGACUGAAUGCUUUGGUAUCACCUGCCAGAAUGCAACAGGUUAAAAAGCCUGAAGGAUGGGUGGUAACAGUCUCUUAGAAACCUGCCAGCUUUCCUGAGGCAUCGUGUGUGGUAGGUGUCCUGU